UGGUUGGACUGAACCAACAAACAUCCGAUAUCACAGGACUCACGAACGCUAGGUUUCACCUGGGGGAAGGGUCCAACUGCCCGUCCGCUCUCCUGCACUACUCGUGGAAGAACGGAUCAAUUCCAUUUCCUCCAAAAACGAAUGGCGUGCUCUACUACUACCAGGACCCGUCGCUCCCUCAACUCGCUGGCCAGGUCCGGUUCCGGUUGUGCGAAGACGUGGCUGGUUUUGCCUCCGGGGAAGACCUACUCAAAGAGUACGACGAGCCUUGGAGCGUUCAAUUACUGCACAUGUUCAUGGGAGACCGGCUCUCCCAGUUGCGGGAUAAGAUACUGCAAGAAGGUCUGGUGACUAAGGACCUCUACGACGACGUCUUCAAAGUAGCUCCCUCUAUCACCAGGAUGGCUCGCACAAUCUACAAAUUGUCACAACCAUUCAUUGUCGAUCUUCAAGCGUUCAAACUUCCGUUGACACUCGCGACACGGAAAUCCAUCGAGAGAAUCCACCUCGACAACCUGUUUAUCGACGCGUCGUACGUCACACCCGUUCAACCGUACGCCGGUAUUAUCAGCGCGCGUCUGGAGCCAUCUAAGCUCGGUGAACACCAGUUGGAGCCCUGCUUGGUGCUGCGUUGCCUGGACGUUAUCAGCCCAAUAAAAUGUCUUGUCCCGGACUAUGACAAUCGUAUCGCCCAGCCACAACCUGGCAAACUGGUCAGGAGGCGAUACCGGGAUGAUGAAAGAGUAUGGGCGUAUCCGCUUGAUGGUCGUGUGUGGUCAUAUGCUUUCAGGCGCUUCAUCCUCCACUCGACUCAGUUGCCCUGAA